CAUUACUCAAUUUUUUUAGUGUUGUCAUUCUAAACAGUGACAGUACGGGAAGUACACAAAAUCGCUGCAAAUUUUGAGGAAAAAUAAACAAAGCUUAAAAGCAAUGGAUGUUCAGGACACAUUUUACAACAAGGAUGAAUAUGUGGAAACUGCUUCUGGUAACAAAGUUAGCCGACACACUGUCAUCUGUGGCUCCCAAAACAUUGUACUUAACGGAAAAGUUAUUGUUCAGACUGGGGCAAUAAUUCGUGGAGAUUUAGCUAACGUUAAAACGGGGCGGUAUUGUGUCAUUGGCAAGAAAGCUGUCAUUCGUCCACCAUUAAAACAAUUCAGUUCAGGCGUUGCAUUUUUCCCAUUAUACAUCGGCGACCAUGUCUAUAUUGGAGAAGAGUCAGUGGUCCAGGCUGCAUCAGUCGGAUCGUAUGUUUAUGUCGGUAAAGAUGUUGUAGUCGGAAGAAGGUGUGUGCUGAAAGACUGUUGUAUUAUCGAAGACGGUGCCACUGUACCGCCAGACACAACAAUUGCCAGUUUUAUGCGAUUCACUGCAGCUGGAACGAUAGAAGGUGGUCAAGGGAAUCCCGAUUUUGUGCCGCCCGGUAUGCAAGAACAGAUGACCGAUUAUACAAAGUCUUAUUACGAACAUUUUGUGCCGAUUGUGUAGUGUGAUAUUAGCGAGUCGGUGAGCUAAUUUUUUUUUUAUUUAAGAAAUUUUUGUAAAGUUUUGCGUCAGAAUAAAAACCAUUUCUGAGACGAA